CUCCAUUUGUGGUCAAACAGACAUGGCAUCAGAAGCCUCCAUGCAUGGUGUCAGCAUCGAGCCAGAGGCUGAUGAGACAGCCCAAGCAGAGGCCAAAGUCAAAGGGCUGGAGGAGAACACGACCUCCGUCCCUCUGGAGCAGAGAUCUGAAUCUGAUGGCGAGGACAGGCCAUCCGAGUGGAUCUUACCGCUGCUUCGGGGUCGCCGCGUCGGCGAAAUGGUGCACUUCCCCGAAGAGCUGAAGGUGGCAGGCCAGGUCUUCACCUCAGCCUAUGUGGAGCGCGACUUUCGAACUGCAUCUGGUGCCCAUCUUCUCCGGCUGUAUCCCGGGGGCCUUCACUUCAUUGUGAAGUUUGCGGAUGUGCGCCAAGAGCAUGCGAUGAUGAUGGCCCUGAAGGAGAUGAACCGCCGGUGGCAGCAGCAUGCUGUAGAAGUUUGCGGCCAACCGGUGCAUGCUUUGACCUACCAGAUCUUUCCCAUUGGAUCUUCUGGAGGCCUCAUAGAAGCGGUACUUGGAUGCCGAACGCUACGUGAAUUGAAAAAGCUCUGCCGCGAACCACAGGAACGUGUCUAUGAAGCUUUGGGUGGUGAAUCACAGAAGCUUGACACCUUGGCUGCUUCAACCACAGCUUAUUUGACAGCCUGCUAUGCACUGGGAGUUCGUGAUGGUCACGAUGAUAACAUCAUGCUGCGGGAGGAUGGUUCCCUCUUCCGCGUGGAUUUUGGCUUCGUGUUUGGAGCCACUCCUGAGAUCGACACCCCGCAGACGGUGGUCGCGCGAGCCGUGACCUUCGCCCUUGGGGAGCGCUGGCUGGAAGUGGUGGCAGCCUGUGGGGACUCACUGACGGCCCUCACCGGAGACAGUUAUGGAAGCCCUCCUGCCUUUGAUUGCUUGAGCAGCGUGCCGGAACUGGAGGCAUACUUGCCUCUUGCUAGAUCACAUACGGCUUCCCUGAGUCUUGCACGGUUCUGCCACGAUGUGUCCUGUGCCGAUCAGUGGUCCUUCUCGCGCGCCGCCAAGAACACGCUGCGGGAGGCAGUGCAGUUCCUGCGGGAUCAAGCCGGCCUUGGUCCAGAGCAAAGUGACGAGGCAGAAGAGACGUUGGAGCCACCGGAAUGGAUCUCAGGAUCAGAGCCACUGAGUGAUCCCUUCAUGGAUCUCAACCUUUUCCUUGAUUCCGGAGUGGACCUCCUGGGACUCUACCGCGCCCUGGAAGACAUGCCUGCUGAGUCCGACAGUGACCUCAUGGAUUGGUUCCUCACGGGCCCUGUGGCGGACCUUUUCACGAUGGCCAAUGAGGGCCUCAGUAGAGAGGAUCUUCAAGCUGAUCCGACGGUGAAGCAUGUUGGUCAUCUUCCGCAGCAGUCACAGCGAACAUGGCCGGAGCCUGCCAGAGAGGGUGAUCCCAAAGUGCGCAUCAAAAAGGCCAGGGAGAUGUUGUCCAAGCUCUAUGAAGGCAUGGCGGCCCUCCGAAAGCCUCACCUGCCUAACCUGCCCUUCCCCGUGGAUCCCCGUGGACGGAGCGAUCCGAAGCGGAGCUUGCGGCCUUCGCAGCCUACUCCAGCUUCCCUUCAUGGGCUACAUGGGAGUGGCUACAUGGGAGGGUCUCCUGUGUCGCACCAGGAGUGGCCCAACGCGUUGAGGGCCUCGUGUCGGCCCAACGCAUCCCCGAUCCUGCCGGUCCAGCUGCCGAGCCUGCCGAUGAACGAUCCUUUUGCACGGACACCUCCCGCCACACCUCGGGAGCCAUUUCCGCAACUGUUGGAGGUGAUGUCGCCGGAUCGGAUGCCAGAAGCCUUCGUCUCACAGACAUGUCGCCCGGCCAAUACGUACAAGCCGUCAUGUGGAAUGUACCAGGUGCCUUAUGCGAACGCUUCAAGCCACCAGCAACUGGGCGCCAGGAAAGGCUUUGGGAUGCGAAACGCGAUGGUGAUGGUGAAAGGCGAUGUGAAGACCCUUUCCUGACAGUCAGUCAUUGCACAAAGAAGUCAUGAACUGACCAACCAAGCAAAGCCAUAUAAUAUAUAGUUAUAUAUACAGUAAUCAGUAAUCCUUCUAUAUAUACUCUUUUCGAUGCUGCUGUUUGUGAGGAAGACACUGCAUUCUUUGUAGGUUUGAGAGAAAGACCCGCCGAGAAAGAGAACCUGGUGGACUGAAUACUGUAAUGUGACCGUAAAAAGAGAGGCACAAGCACACGGGGGUCGGUAGUUUCUGGAAAGAUGCCAGUGAAAAGAUGUCCCAAAAACACCAAUCAAACUUCGCUGAGGCGGAGCGGCAUGAGCUGUGCCCACAUCUCAGAGUGAUGAGCUGUGACGUUUGAUCACGAUUCCGAUCUGGAUGGCCAAGGCCGGUCGUUCACCUGAGCCGGUCGUUCCACGGGUCUUGGGCCCGCCAAAGAUGCAGUCAUGGCCUCCAGCUGCUUCAUGGAGCCGUUGAGGGCGGUGCCAGCCAUAGGCAGCAAGUCCAACAGGGACACGGUCAAAUGAUCGCACCGUCGUAUUUUUUGAGGAAUCGAUGCUUGCCGAAAGGCUUGCAGAUCUUUGUGCUUCCGGUCAUGUCUAGACUGUCGAAGUGAGCCUAGGUGAGCGGUUGCUUGUCUCAUGCA